UGACAACAGGUCGUCGCAAACACGACGUCAUUCCUUUAUCAGGAACAGAAAAGGGUGACAUGCACUCCAGAUCUUAUUUACUGUUGGAGAGAGAAUAUCUUGAGCAGCAGAAAGCCAAUCUUUUUGGCAUAGUAGCAGAACCAGUCAAUGACAACUUGCUUGAAUGGGUAGCUAAAGUAAGGGGGCUCAAGGAUUCUCUAUGGGAAGGUGGCACAAUCCAGCUGUCCAUACAGUACAGCGAAGACUACAACACUGUCCCACCUGUGGUGAGAUUCAGCACUAUCCCAUUCCAUCCCAACGUGAACAAGGACACUGGCCGGCCAUGCAUUAGCUUCCUGGAUAAUAAAGACGAGUGGGACUCAAGAUUUUCACUCACCAGCAUUUUGCUUGCAGUUCAGGUAAUGUUAUCCAACCCAGUCCUAGAAAAUGCAGUAAAUCUGGAGGCUGCUGAAAUGCUAAGGACCAGCCCAUCAUUAUUCAGACAGGUGGUGUUAGACUGUGUCAGGAACAGCCGACAGCUGGAGAGUGGACACAGCAUCCACGAAGAUCUGGUUAUGUCUCCAUGUUUUCCAGGAUUGGAAGGAGCAGAGAUUGGCAUGGUGCAUGUCAGAAAUGUCAAAAGAAUCUCUUUUGAAGAAUAUUUGAAAACCUGGUCUGGGAUUGCCACAUCAAAGGCAUCACAAAAUCAGAAAAAUCCAUUGCUGGAGGGACUGCUGUGUGACCCAUACUUACAUGCAAUGCACUAUGGACUCCAAGGGACAGGAAUACUGGAGGAAGCUCUAGCACAGAAUGAAGCGUUUAAAACCAUCAUGUAUGGACCUGCUGAAAAGUCAAAGAAAUCUCAGAUCACAGUAGAUGAAAAGCUAGCAAGAAUUCACCAAAUGAAAAGAGUUUAUCUGCUAAAGAGAACACCAGAGGCCGUCACUCAUCUUCAGUCGUCACGGGACACUCCCUGCAGCCUACAAAGAGAGGAGCAGUGGGAGAGGGAGGUGGACAACUUGGUCGCCUGGACGAACUCUCUUUCAUUGGAAGAGCUGGAGGAAGACUGAGCAGCAGAAAGCUCAAUUCCAGCAAAACAAUGGCAGCAAUUAAAACCACAAAACCACCUCAGAAGUAACAUAUGGCAUAUCUGCUUUUUAUAGCUUGAUUUUUUUUAAUAAUGUUUACCAUGUCACAGGCAUGCUAGCAAUAAUAAACAGGUAACAGCUCCACUCGGUUUGCGUGACCAUAGUGUAUGUUAUUGAACAGUUGCCCGUUAAGUCAAUGCAAUUCAAAGGUGGAGGAAAAGUGUAAGUUAAAAAAAAACAAAAAAGGAAAAGGAAGGAGAAGAGUACAAACUUAUUUCCUCCGAGCUAACUUUUUAUAUAUCUGCCUUUAAUUGUGAGCUAGGUCAACUUGUGUUCCCCUGGGGCUGACAAAAAAGCCACUUGAUUACAAAAGCAGUUUUUUCUGUGUUUAUCCAUGGACUUGUUUGGGUUCCCUGCUUCUUAGAUCUUUUGAAUUGUCCAUAAAUCCUGAGCUGGAAAUGUUAGACAGGCGAAGCACUCACAAAAGCAAUGAAGAAUAAACAAACAAUUUUGGCGGUUCGGCUUACUGAUGAUGGUUUAGUCACUUGCAGUUGAUGGAUCCCAGAGACAUGUUUCUGAAAGGAAUUAAACCAUAGCGGCAACAUCGCUGGUUAAUGUUUUCCAUGUGCUUGAAGACUUUCUGGGUGAAAAAGUACCUCCUAGAUUGCAUCCUGUGUCUGUUUCCACUCAGUUUCCAAAUAUUUUUUUCUUUUUUCUGAGCCCCUGUUUCUAAGUUUAAAAAAGGAAAAGAUUAAAAAAAAAACAUUGAGAGUUACUGUAUGAAACCUAACCUUGAUAGAUGCAGAUAUAAUUGAACCCUGUCCUGCCUUUAAAUCUAAAUACUGCUUAAGAGAUGUGAAUUUGGUCAUCCUAUUUUAUUUACCUUCAACAAUGUGUUCUACAAACUGCUGACUGUACUCUGAUCUUCUUUUGUUACCUAAUCUCCUUUGAUGUCUUUACUUCCUGAGUCCAGCUGAAGCAUAAUGAAUCAUGAUGCACUGUUCAUCGAACAAUGAGCAAGACACACAAAAGGGGGAUACUAAUAACUGCUCAAUGUUUUAAUAUGAGGAAAUAAUGAUAAUUCAGAAGCUCAAUAUUCCUGGAGAUAUGGUUAAUAUCCUGCUGUCUUUAUAACUCUUGAACAGAUAACUCUUGAACAAUUCUGUGUUUAUUCAUGUUGUCUGCCAUUUUGAAACAACACAGAUCCACUAAAUGUAUACUGAAAAAAUUUAAACAACUGUCCACAGGAUAGUUUUAGGAAGACUGCCAUGUAUACUGUAUAUAUACUGUCAUAUAUGAUUAAAUGGAACAGUGUUUUUCAGUAUGCUUAAUAAAGGCCCAUUUUGUGGCAGUCAUCCUAGGCCAAAAAUAUAAAAUGA